GGCGCCAUCCGGCCGGAAGUCGCUGUCCCGCCCGGCCGGAGGAGGGAAGAGGCCGGGCACCUCCCGCGGCGGGAAGGGGCGGCCCCUGACGGGGUGGGCACGCCGCACCUCGGGGCGGGGUCGCGCUCCCGCCUCCUGGUGGCCGCGGGGCUGCGGGGCGGGUCCGGGUGGCCGCGAGCUCGGGCUCCGGCGCCCGGGCGACGGCGCGGCGGCCGCCAUGGGCAACAAGCAGACCAUCUUCACGGAGGAGCAGCUGGACAACUACCAGGAUCCAAAGCAAGACAAGAAUUUGGGAAUGUGACUACAAAACACCAGCAGGCUCCUCAGAACCCUGAGAAGCUUUUAAGGUUCCUGCCAUAUUCAUCCCCCAUGAGCUACCUUUCUGCAAUGAGCUCCAGGCAAAUAAGUCAACAGCAGAAAAAGCAAACCGUCAGUUGAUGAGCAGGUUCACGGCAGCUUUGUUGGUGCUCAGAGAAGAAACAUUAGGACUGCACCUUCUUCAAUAAGAAGGACAUCCUCAAGCUCCACGCACGGUUCUACGAGCUGGCCCCCAACCUCGUCCCCAUGGACUACAGGAAGAGUCCCAUCGUCCACGUGCCCAUGAGCCUCAUCAUCCAGAUGCCGGAGCUCCGGGAAAACCCCUUCAAGGAAAGGAUCGUGGAGGCUUUUUCUGAGGACGGCGAGGGGAACCUCACCUUCAACGACUUUGUGGACAUGUUCUCCGUGCUGUGUGAGUCGGCUCCCCGGGAGCUCAAGGCCAACUAUGCCUUCAAGAUCUACGACUUCAACACGGACAACUUCAUCUGUAAGGAGGACCUGGAGCGCACGCUGGCACGGCUCACCAAGUCGGAGCUGGACGAAGAUGAGGUGGUGCUCGUGUGUGAAAAGGUCAUCGAGGAGGCCGACCUGGACGGCGACGGCAAACUGGGCUUCGCAGACUUUGAGGACAUGAUUGCCAAGGCCCCCGACUUCCUCAGCACCUUCCACAUCCGGAUCUGAGGACACUGCCGAGGGCACAGGGGCCCCAAGGCCAACCACCUGGGUCUGCUGUCUGCAUGAGUGUGACCUCCGAGCUGUCCAUAAAAGAGGCUGCGGCCUCUGGGGUUAGACCCACCAACAUUUUCUUGGCCCUUUCAGCAAAAAAUCCUUAACCAGGGAAGGCGGGUGUGGGGAGCAGGGCCCUUCCCAGGCCCCGCCACACGCCCUCCGUCUGUGCCCCCGAGCCCCCCAGACCGCGGUCCUCUCCCUUUCAGAAAUUGCCCCGCUGGGAGGGGGAGGCAGAGACCUCACGGGGCAGGGGUUACGGACGUGUCCCAAGUGCUGGGCCGGCGUCCUGACGGCCCAGGGCAAAGCGAAAAGGGAAGGAGGACAAGGUGUCACGAGCUAUGCAGUCUUUCUCCAAAACCCAUAGCUGGGCUGCCCCCCAGCCCCGCCUGGUCCCCUUCUCCCCCGACUCCCCCAAUGUGAAGCUGUGUGGACAGUGGGCCAAGGGCUCUGUCCCUGUCCCUGGCUCUGAGGCCUGGGCAGCCCCCCUGCCCUCCCCCCAAGAUGUGGAAUUCUCACUGGUGCGUGCUGUCCACACAUUUGUGAAUUCCCAGUAGUAAAGCACUUUGACGUCCCCGUG